CUUUUCUCUCUUCAAUCUUCAAGAUAUAACACUCGACCGUCGCCGGCUCGAAACUCAAGCUAUAAUCGUUGUCUGCUACAGCACGAUCAGCGACCAUGUCAUCCGAACUACACCCCUCCGAAGUCCCGCACAGGCGAUUCAAUCCCCUGACCAACUCUCACGUCCUCGUCUCCCCUCACCGGACCAAACGACCCUGGAAGGGCCAGGUAGACCCUCCUCUCAUCCAACAACUCCCGAGGCAUACCAAGGAUUGUUACCUAUGCCCGGGGAACCCUCGGAUGAACGGGGAACAGAACCCGGACUUCGCAGAGACGUAUAUCUUUGAGAACGAUUUCCCGGCAUUGUUGCAGCUCAACCCCGUCACUGUACCUGCAACUACCGGCAAGACCAGUGUCGCCGGAGAAGAGGGAAACGACGACGAUGAGCUGUUCCAGACCAAACCGACCUUUGGAUCGUGUAAAGUCCUCACCUACUCUCCCCGACACGACCUCACGCUGGCGCUCAUGUCCCCGGAAGAGAUCACCGCCGUCAUCCGUUGUUGGCGUCAGGUCUACGAGAUGGAGGGCAAGACCAUCAGGGACGGACACGCGGUGGACGAGAGGGGGAGUCUGGAGACUGUCGGGGUUGAGGGGCUGGGAGAUGAUGUCGGUUGUGUCAACAUCUUCGAGAACCGAGGAAGCAUGAUGGGAGCAAGCGCUCCUCAUCCCCACGGUCAAGUCUGGUCAACCAGCUUUGUCCCAGAAGAACCUUUGACCGAACUCCGUUCCCUGGCCGCCUACCGCAAGACCCACUCCAACCGCUGCCUCCUCUGCACCUACGCCCAACAAGAAGUCGCCAAGCGCGAACGCGUCGUUGUCCUAGACGAAGAGAGCGGGUUCGUCGCCCUCGUCCCCUUUUGGGCGACCUGGCCGUUCGAGAUCAUGGUAUUGCCGUACAAGAGGCAUAUUACCGAUCUGACGGCGAUCACGGAGGACGAGGCGCUGGGGUUGGCAAGGGUGCUGAAGAAGAUCUUGACGCGGUAUGAUAACCUGUUCACAACCCCCUUCCCCUAUUCGAUGGGUAUCCACCAAGCGCCCUUGCCCCCGCUCGCUCAAGGUCAAGCGCAGAAGACCUCGGACGACCACCCGGCGCACUUUCACAUUCACUUUUACCCGCCAUUGUUGAGGAGCAGCAGCGUGAGGAAAUUCUUGGUCGGGUUCGAGAUGAUGGCCGAAGCGCAGCGAGACUUGACAGCGGAACAAGCGGCACAGCGAUUGAGGGAUCAGAGCGAGGUCCAUUAUACCGAGAGCGUCAAGUCGGGGGAGGGACAGGCACAGGCCGAGGUGGGGAAGCCCGAGGCAUGAAAACUCGAGACAUUUGAAACAUAGUGGAAAUGGAUCUUAGGGUUGAGGUUACGAAUGAAUGGGAACGUCGUUGUAGAAGGGUUGAGAGCGGGGUUGAAGAUGACACAGGCCGGUGGUAGCAUCGAGUGAUUGAACGACGUGCGGGGUUCAUACAAUGCAUCAGAUUCGUAUCGCAAAGAGCUCCGACACUACUUCAGAUAAGCCUAGAUCUCCUUGUAUAGGGGUUGUGCACAUCGAGUGCGUUGGGGGGAGG